AUGGGUGAGCUCUGCGCACUCAUGGGACCCUCGGGUGCAGGCAAGACCUCCCUGCUGAAUGUCCUGGCGGGCCGCAUCAGGACCAACCGGAGGCAACGGGUAGAUGGCGACAUCACGCUGGACGGGCAGCCCAUCACGGGAGCCAAUCUGCGAAAGCGAGUUGCCUAUGUCAUGCAGCAGGACAUCCUGUGCCCGACGCAAACUGUGCGGGAGUCGCUGAUGUUUUCCGCGAACCUCCGGCUACCGCGGUCGUUUUCGGCCAAGGAGAAGGGCGGUAUGGUGGACCAGAUGAUCACCGAGCUUGGGCUGGCCCAUCUCGCCGCGAAGUGCGCGAACACGUACAUCGGACGCCCGGCGGCACGAGAGCGGGGGAGCGUCUGCCCCUUGUCGGAACUUGCAGGGGAUGACCUCAUCCGUGGCAUCUCCGGUGGAGAGAAGAAGCGCACCUGCGUGGCGAUCGAGCUGAUCGUGCAGCCGAAGCUCGUGUUCCUGGACGAGCCGACGACCGGCCUGGACUCCUUCGCUGCGCAGACCGUGAUCCAGAAGCUGAGGACUUUGUCCUCGCGGGAAGGCUGCAAUGUACUUUGCACGAUCCAUCAGCCGUCCUCGGAGGUCUUCCACCUCUUCAACAAGGUGAUGCUGAUCCACUCAGGAGCUGGGCAGCCAUGUCCUGCGGAGUACAACCUCGCCGACCACGUAAUGUUCCUCCUACAGAGGGAGUCGGAGUCGUCGCUGCAACUUAUCCAGAGCAGCUUUACAUCGAAAUCCCAGGAGUCAGAGGACGACGAGCCUGUCACGACCGUGACCCGGCUCCCCAGAACUAGGGUCCUGGGUCUGGGUGGCUCGGUGGGUGUUGAGGGCGGCAUUGGGGAGAAGAGCCGGAUCAUCGCGAAGGGAAAGACUGCAGGCUUCUGCUGGCAGCUGUGGGCGCUGACGAAGCGCGAGGCCCAGGGUGUGUGGCGCAAUGUUCCCGGGCUCAUCGCGUCGUUAGUCAUGCCUGCCCUGCUCAACGUGUUGUUUGCCCUGAUCUUCUUCCAGGUCGGGGACGUGACGGCGUCAGGUUACACCGCGAUGGCACACUUUGGCGGCCUCUUCCAGGUAGCCAUUGGCGGCAUUUUCGGCAUUGCCCAGCCGCUUCUCCUCCGAUUCCCACUGGAUCGGGGAAUCUUCUUGCGUGAGUACGCGACGCAAACCUAUGGUGCCGUGCCUUACUUCCUCUCCAAGACCUUGGUCGAACUGCCGCAGUCGCUCCUGAACGCGACGAUCUCCUGGGCCAGCACCUACUGGAUCAUGGGCCUCCACGGCAACUUUCUGUUCUUCGUCCUCAUCUUCUGGCUCACCGGCACGGCAGCCGCGUCCACAGCGCUGCUCGUGGGCUCGUUGGCCACCAACGCGGAGGCGGCGUUUAUAGUUGCGCUGCACGGUUGUGGGGUGGUUGGGUUGUAG